UGCACCCCCCAACAUGACAGCCAUUACAAAGAACCUGCCUUGGUUCGUCAAGGAUCUCGGCAUAUCCAUUGUCGGCUCGAAAUGCUACACAUCGCUAGUCGAGAACCUGGAUAUUCACGACACGGAGUGUAUCAAAUACUCCAUCUCCAAGGGGCUGGGCGUCGGUAUCGUCGUCGGAGGCUCAAUCAUGAAAGUGCCGCAACUACUUCUGAUCGUAUCCGCACGCUCGGCGCGUGGACUUUCACUAUCCGCAUAUUCGCUCGAAACGCUUGCGUAUGCAAUCACCCUUGCAUACUCGUAUCGCAAGGAUUUCCCCUUCUCUACCUACGGAGAGAACCUCUUCCUCACCUUCCAAAACGUUAUCAUCACCCUCCUCAUCACUUAUUACUCCUCGCACCCUCGUUCCGCCGCAAUACGCCGCGUUGCAGCCGCUACGGUACCCAUGGCUCUGAGCGCCUUCGCCCUCGUCGCUGCGCCUGACGCCCCGCUUGCGUUACUGCAAUUAGCGACGCUCCCACUUUCUCUCUUCUCCAAGAUCCCCCAGAUUCGCCAAAACCACCGCGCGCACAGCACAGGCCAGCUCUCCGCAUUUGCUGUCAUCGCACAAAUAGGCGGCUGCCUCGCCCGCUUGUUCACCACCGCCACUGAGGUCGGCGACCCCCUCGUCAGCGCCGGGUUUGCGCUUGCACUUCUCCUGAACUGCGUGCUUGGUGUCCAGAUGUGGAUGUACUGGGGACAAGAUGAACGCGAUCAGUCGGGAAAGGGUCGAAUUGGGACCCUUGUUGAGGAGAAACCAGAGGUCUGGCAACCCCAGAGCUCGCAGGUAGAGGUAAUAGUUCCUCCUCAGUCACCCGCACCAGGUACGCCGAGAUCAACGUCUGGCAGGAAGUGGGCACGAAAGGUGGAUUGA